GUCAAAUUACGCAAAGUUGCUUGCUGUCAAAGAAAGAACUACUGUGCACGUCAAUAAUUUGCACACUUUGUUUAUAAAAUUAAUUCAAGAUGGAAUUAAUUGACAAUGAAAUUAGGCAGUGGGAUGCAGCUGACGUGAAAGAACAGUUCGGUGACAAUCUUACGUUGCUGCCGCUAAACGAUAACAUCAAGGAACUACAAACUAUUUUACGAGACAAGAACACAUCCCGUAGUGACUUUAAGUUCUAUGCAGACCGCCUGAUCCGUCUUGUCAUUGAGGAAAGUCUGAACAAACUACCUUUCACUGACUGUGAGGUAAUAACUCCUACUGGGGCAUUGUACAAAGGACUUAAAUAUGGUGCUGGUAACUGCGGAGUGUCCAUCGUCAGGUCUGGAGAGGCUAUGGAACAGGGCCUCCGAGACUGUUGUCGUUCAAUCCGUAUCGGUAAAAUCCUGGUAGAGAGUGACACAGACACCCAUGAAGCUCAUGUAGUCUACGCAAAGUUUCCUGAAGACAUAGCGCGGAGACAGGUCCUGCUCAUGUACCCUAUUAUGUCAACUGGCAACACUGUUAAACAGGCAGUAAACGUAUUAACCCAGCAUGGUGUGAAAGAAGAAAGAAUAAUCCUCUCCAAUUUGUUCUGCACGCCGGCAGCGGCUCAGGCAGUAGUCGACUAUGUACCAAAGAUGAAAAUGCUAACUUCAGAACUACACCCUGUAGCUCCAAACCAUUUCGGACAAAAAUACUUCGGGACAGACUGAUACGAGGACGAGUUUGAGUUCUAAACUGUACUUAUUAAAGUUUAAUUUACGUUUUUAAUGUAGCCAAGUACUUAGUUUGUUUUGUUUCUGUGUUUAAUGAGUGCUUAAAACAUCUACAGUUUAUGUAGGAAAAUUAUUUAUUAUGUAACCGACUUUUGGUUGUAUGCAAUAAGCGUUGUUUUUGAUUGCGCAUUUAAAAUAAUUUAAAUCAAAUGGCAUUUUUUUUAUUUUCGUAACUUUUUAAUUCUUCAAAUUGUCUUUUUUUUAGUAAGUCAGGCAGAACUCAAAAAAAGUACCUUACAUUGUGAAUGUAAUGUUUAGUACUUGUACUAAAAUUCAAAAUUGUAUUAAAAAUAAAUCUAGAUUUUCUACUAAUCAUAUACUAAAGCUAUGUGUGGAAAAAUGCGAUAUUCAAAAUAUGAGCCACGCGCACUGCAUAACGACGACGCUUGAAUAUUGACUACAAAUAUAUCAAAAAAUGUAUUUAUGGGUAAAUUCAAACUGGCAUAGAGAAGAAGCGUCAUUUUAACAAAACAUAAAUUUUAAAAAUUUAAGAAUUAAACCAAAAUGAUAAAUAUUAUUAUUACAACAAUAGUUUUUUUAGGAUCUACUUUUAAUAUAGUUACGUAAAUAACUUAUUCUUUUACAAACGAAAAGAAUUCCGAAAAUGCUUUCAAAAUGCAAACAACGUCUAGUUUUGAUACCCAUAUCUGCACUACUUUGUGGAUAUAAAGCUAAACUUGCUGUAACAUUUAAGAUAGACACUUCCAGGCUAUGUUAAUGUGAAUUUACUAAUUGAGAGAUGCUAAAAUGACCGCUAUGACUAGUAAUAAACACACCUAUAUUUAUAAAAAACUACUUUUCAAAAUCAUGUCACACAUGUUCACAUGCGAAAAAUGAUAAUGUUUUUUGUGUAGAGAUUUUGGAAUAUUUGUAUUAAAACAAUUUUUCACUCUUAGGGAAUCGAAGGAAUACCUAUUCAGAACUGUAUCGUAAAAAGGCACUCAGUAUUCCAAGUCUCAGAAAUCUAGUAUUAAGCAAGAAAUUGAUCUAUUUAUAUUUUUAGUAUAGAAAAAAACGCUAUACAUUUGUGAUAUUGCAAAAUAAAUUAGUUAUUAAAGGAUUGUAUUUAGUCACACAAUUAAAUAAAUUUUCGAAUUUAUGAAUAAAAUGAGAUGAAGAC